AUGGAACACUCGUCCCCGUUGGCUGCGAUGCAGCCGCCGUCUGUGAUGUUCGGCCACUGCUUUCGUCCGGAUGCACCGACCUCCUAUGCGUCCUUUAGUCCCAUGGCGGGAUUGGCCCACAGCAGCUUCAACUUCAAAGACCUGUCCAUGAAGAAGGCCCAUGGGGACUACUUCAAUGUGAAACCUGUGCGGGGCUCCUCACCAACUGCUAGUCUGGCAGCGGACUUGUCCCAGAAUUUUCAUAUUGAUCAAAGCCCGCAAUUGGCCACGCCCCGGCGGUCUUUGUUCUCGUCAAGCCUCCUUGGGAAAGCCAAUCGGUGUGGUGAUUUAUCGCUAGAAUCUAUGACCACACCUCCGCUUCCCUCCUCGCCGGCUCCGAUGGACUCUAUGGAGAUGUCCCCCUUGCCUCACAAGCCAGCCUUCGGGCUGGUCAACGAAGUCGAGCUGGAAUCGCCCUCUCUGGAUUCGUCGUUGGAUACACCUAUGCUUUCGGCCGCCCCGAGUCCAUUGGAGGAAUCCCCACUGGUGAGCUCGAAAGACGGUCUACAAGAGAGAAAGCGUCCAACCUUCUUACGGCCGAGUUUAGCACGGAGCAAAGCUCAGACAUUCCAACUGGGAAUGAAUAAGCCGGCCCCAGAGAGUCAAGCACCGCCUUUCAAGUUCCAGAGCAAGGGAAACAGGACGUCACUAAGCGCGUCUGCGUCGUUGGAGGACAUGUUUUGCGAGUCUCCCCAGAGAGAGCGUCCGUCGCUGAAGAACCACUCGACCAGCAACCAGCUAUGCACCUCUCGCCUGAGACCACCGUUCGGCAGUAGCAACAGCCAUGUCCGCGGGAAUGGGUCCCCGUCCGCGGCAUCGGUCCGCAAGAAUUCGCACCCGACAAUGCGCCCGCGUAAGCAGUGCAGACGCUCGUUGAGCAUGUUUGAGCAUCCGGAGGAUGUAGUCGUCGAAAAAGAGGCCAGUUUAGUUACAAAUGCACCACUCCCGUCGAUCAUCGACAUUGAAGGAUCCCCCAGCCUGCAGCUUCCUCACACUUUUUCUGAGGACCAGGCAGAUACAUUGCCUCGUAUCGACAAAAACAUCUUGGUGGAGCUCAUGGAUGGCAGAUACAACGAUCGUUUUGACAAUGUCAUGAUUAUCGACUGCCGCUUUGAGUAUGAGUAUGACGGCGGCCACAUUACCGGAGCCGUCAACUACAACGACAAGGACCACCUGGCGACCGAACUCUUCGCCACUCCCAAGCCGCGGACGGCGUUGAUCCUACACUGCGAGUACUCGGCCCAUCGGGCCCCGAUUAUGGCCAAGUACAUCCGUCACCAGGACCGCGCAUUCAACAUCGAUCACUACCCACAACUCACCUACCCCGACCUGUAUGUCCUGGAUGGUGGUUACAGCUCCUUUUUCUCCGAGCAUCGAUCGCUAUGCUACCCGCAAAACUAUGUCGAAAUGUCCGCCAAGGAGCACGAGUUUGCCUGCGAGCGAGGUCUCGGCAAGGUUAAGCAACGCUCCAAGUUGAAUCGCGCUCAGACUUUUGCCUUUGGCGAGAACUCGCCCCAAAUGGAAGACAGCCCUACCGGACGCUGUCGCAACGGCCCUAGCGAGCGAAACCGAUUUAUGGGCUCCCCAUUUGCCGAAAGCCCGGCAUCGAGUCGAUUAUCCGGCCGACGUAUGCUUUCUUACUAA